UUUGGGCGGUUUAUGGGCGGUAGACUGGCAGUGGCGACAUUAAUGAAAAAACUGUAGUCCCUGAGAUCUUGACUCUCAUACGGACAGAUGGACAGACGGACGGACGGAUUGACGGACAGGGUCAGAUCGACACGGCUAUUGAUCCUGAUCAAGAUUGUGUAUGUUACAUAGUUUUCAACGAAUCUAGAAUGCCCUCUGCAAGUAACCUGUAUAAAAAUAGAUAAAUAUAAUAUGGUAAAUUUUCCAUUUUUAAAUUUAAUGCGCAAGUUAUUUUAAGUUGUAAAAUAAUGACUAGCGUUGACAGGUCGGUAAAUCUAAAAUCGCGUGUUCGCUCGAACGUUACAACUAGAGCAUAUCGAACUCUAAAAACACUCUAAACUUUAAUAACUUUCAAAGUGUUUACCGAAAAUUCAAUUUUUGUCAGCCGAUGUGUAAAGAAGCUUGAGUGUGGCCUCGAGACCAUAUUUGCGAGCACGCGUGCGUUAUUUUUUCAUAGCAAAUCAUAACGAUUUUUAUUUAGGGGCUUAUUUAGGGGCUUUCUCUUUAGAAUUAUUCUUAGUAGUGUCGUGUAUGUGGUCGAAGGAACACCAUGGAGUUUCGAAUUUGUUACACCCAUUCGCUGUACAAGAUCAUUGCCUUGUGCAGCUUUUUGACCAUCGCUCUUUGUCUAUUAUAUCUAUUAAAUACGUCUUCGAAUAAAGGUAAUAAGGUUUAUCCGCCUACCACGCGAGUUUCAAAGAAGUCUGAACCGCAGAAAUACUAUGUGAAAACAUCCAAGUGCCAUAUUCCCUUCGUUGAUCCUUUCAACGACGAAGCUAUGGAAGUUUACAAACCCCAAACACUAAUCACCUGCUCGAGUGAGACCGAUCUCAUAUCAACCAAAUACAAUAAAAUUAGCAAACGGCAUGUUCUGCACAUCGACGACGAAGUCGCCCAAAAAUUGCUUAAUUUCACAGACACGGAAUACAAUUGCUUUUACCGCGAAAUACAAUAUGGAAAUUGUGUAGAUACUUACGACAAUCUUAAGGGCAAAAAGUAUUUCACGAGUGGUUACGAGGUGCCAGUCCACGUGGAGGGAAUAAUCGUCGAGUGCCAGACUGCUGAGGAUCCGAUAGUCGUCCUCCAGAAGGACGCCUUCACCUUCAUCCAGCAAUGGCCGUUGCCCAAGGACUACAUAAAACCCAGGGCAGCUCGGAAGCCCAGUGUGAUAAUGUAUGGUAUUGACUCUCUUUCCCGGAUAAACUUACGCCGAACUAUGCCCAAAGUUUUCAACUUUCUCCAGGGCCCAGGAUGGUAUGAGAUGCAAGGAUACAAUAAGGUGGCCGACAACUCAUUUCCCAAUAUACUCGCUAUUCUCAGUGGAUAUUCGGCCGGUACGGCCAAAGUAAAUGUGUGCGAUACUGAUGAUGAAGGCUGCUUAGACAAAAUGCCAAUGAUAUGGAAGUAUUUCGAGAAUGCCAGUUAUUUGACAGGAUACGCGGAAGACGAAAGUACAUUUAAUCAUUUCACCUUCAAUAAGCCCGGAUUCUCCAAAAAGCCUGUAGACUACUACUUUCGCCCAUUGCUUAAGGCACUGGAGUCCGAAAUGGAUGUGUACCGAUUGCCGGGAAAUAACAUCAUACGAUACUGUCUGGGACGCAGAAUAGCGAAUCGUUAUAUCUACGACUAUGCCCAGCAGUUCACGCAGCGUUUUGUGCACGAUCGACCCAUUUGGGGAAUGUUCUGGUCAACUCACUUCAGUCACGACGAUCCAUUUCUGCCGUCGUCCAUGCAGGAAAAGAUUCUGGGAGAUCUGCUCGAUAUGCAUCAGGAUGGAGCUCUCAAGGAAACGAUAAUGAUAUUUUUCGCCGACCAUGGAACAAGAUUUGGCAAGUUGACUACUCUGAAGGAGGGCUAUCUUGAAGAGCGGCUGCCCAUGAUGUUUAUAUAUCUGCCCCCCUGGUUCCGUGAGACAUAUCCAUCUUAUGUGAGUGCACUGGAACUAAAUCAGCACAGGCUUAGUUCCAACUUCGACCUCCACAAUACACUCAAACAUAUCAUAGAGAUUGGAGGUACCCCAGAUGGUCAAAAGCUACCCAAGUCCUUCGACUGCCCCACCUGCCAGUCGCUGUUCUAUCCCCUGCCGGAAGGUCGUACCUGUUCGGAGGCGGGCAUUGAGGAGCACUAUUGCACCUGCGAACCCUACAGGACAAUCACGGGACUGAGUUGGACCACUCCAAUUGCCCACAGUGUGAUCGAUAGAAUAAACGAGUAUUUUGUUCAAAAGAACCUAACAAGCCUUUGCACCAAUCUGACAUUAAGCUAUAUCCAUAAGACUGAGUUGAAAACGGGUCUGAACAUAGAUUGGCACCAAAAAAUGAAAGAAAUGGAAACUGCUGUUUAUCGUAUUAAGUUCAAAGUGAAACAGAAUAGUGCUGACUUCCAAGCCACAGUGGUCUACCAUAAUUCCACCAAAUAUGCCGAAGUAGAUGUAGAGAAAAUCAGCAGGACGAACUCCUACAAAAAUGACUCCACUUGCAUUGAUGAUAAGCUUUCGAAACUAUAUUGUGUUUGUUUCAUUGACCUCAACAAAAACUCUUAAGCACAAAAUAAAGUUCAAACCUUUACGUUAGUUUUUCCCCUGUUUUC